GAGACAUUAUUCUCUGAAGACUUCUCUUUUGAAACUAUGAUUAAAUUUGAGCUUGCAGAUAAGAGUUUUAGAACUUCAUUCAUAAAUUUAUAAUCCAGAGUAUUUCCCCAGCCGAUGAAGAAGCAAAUCCGUCCAGUGCUCACAGAAUUUACAGUAGAGCGCUGAGGAUAGAGACUACGGUCAGAGGCCGUGUGAAGACAAUGACCUUCCCAGUCAAGGAUUUGAUAGGGUGUGAGUACACUGAUGAAGGGGAAAAUAUGAUCGAGAUUUCAGUAUUGCCCAUAAAUUUGACAAAUGGGUGGGGAUGCAGGAAGAUUAGUAAUUACAAGAAUACUCAGAGUGCGAAGAGAGAGCUUUAUUCUUUUGAGUUUAAUGCAAUGUCGAGACAAAAUGCGUUGAAUAUAGUGGGUACUCUUCAAGAUCUGAUUGUUGGAAAGGAACCACAGUCAGAGUACGAAACUUUGCCGGAUAGAAGAAAGAUCUUGAUCUUUCUUAACCCGUUUAGUUGCAAUGGUAAGUCUAGAAGAGUCUGGAAUAACUCAGCUAAGGCCAUCUUUGAUAAGGCCUCUCUUGACUAUACCUUUAUUGAGACUGAGAGAGGAGGUCAAGCACACGAUUUUGUCAGCACAGAAGAUCUUGACCAAUUUGAAAGUAUCGUCACUGUUAGCGGAGAUGGGCUAAUCCACGAAGUUGUUAAUGGACUCUUACAAAGGGAGGAUAAGUACUAUGAAAGGAGAAAGAUCCCUAUAGGAGCCCUCCCUGGAGGCUCCUCCAAUGGAUUUGUUAAGACACUCACCUAUGAAUCAGGUGAAUCCUCUGGUGUAGAACAGGCUUGAUUACUCAUUAUAAAGGGACAUGUUCGGAAUAUAGACAUCAUUAGAUAUGAACUUGAUGGAAGAGAAAAGCCGAUAUUCUCCUUCCUUUGAUUCUUUUGGGCAAUUCUUAGCGAUGUUGAUCUAGAAUCUGAGAAGAUCAGAUGUGUUGGCAGUAGCAGGUUUACAAUUUGGAGCUUGCUAAGAGUCUUCAAACUCAGAAAAUAUCGUGGAAUGCUCAAAUACAAUGGAGAAGACCUUCUUAAUAAAAAUCAGAAAGUCAGAGAUAUUGAAGAUGAGGGAACUGUCAGGAGUGACUCUGGUCGUGAAGAAUCUAAGCAAGGAAGUUUUGAGAAAAAAGUUCAAAAUGAAAGUCAAGCAUCUAGCUUUAAGUCUUCGGAGUUUAGAGCCAACAGCAAGUCUAAAGUGCUGAAAGAAUUGGAUUGCAAUUUUUCAUAUAUUUCGAUCAAUAAUACGCAAUUUGCUGGAGAGAAGUUCUAUAACGCUCCUCUUUGUAAGGUGAACGAUGGAUAUAUGGACGUAGUAAUUCAAGAAGGAGAUCAUAUAGGAACAUGUAAAAUUCUUAAAUUAAUGCUCAAUUUUGAGAAGGGACAAUUUUUUAAUAAUCAAGGAGAUAUUAAGCAGCAGUUAUCAAUAAAUUAUAAGAAGGUAAAACAUUUUACAUUGAAACCAGAUCUUGAUUUCUUGCCUAAGAAUGAGCAAGAGGAUCCUGAUUAUGAGAAUCAGACUUUUGGGUGGUACUCAAUCGAUGGAGAGAAAUAUCCUCCUUGCGAAAUCACAGGAGUGACUAUUAAGCAAGGGUUAGCAGUAACAAUGCUUUAGCCCCCCAAUUAGUGUUACAAUUUUG